AUGGCCACUCUUAAGAUCUUCGAUUCUAUACCCGCGUCUAGUCAGACUUGGAGAAGGCAUGCAGCAGCAGCAAAGGCCAUGCAUAAGUGGAUAGGGGACUGCGAUGAGAUGGCCUCGGGCUCGAAAAUCGGGCAGAAACAAUUUCUUCUCUUACGUGUGAUAGUACAGAAGGUAGGACUAAGCAGCUUCAGUCCUCGGAAAUUUGGCUUAGGGGACCAAAUUGAGCAAGCAAAAGAAAUCUUGGGCGAGUCAGAAAGCUUCCGGAGCUUUCUGGAUGCCAUCAAGAAAGAUGAGGAAGGGGGCUCGGGAUACUUUGCUCCCAUUCGAGAACAGCAACAUGAGAUUCUACAUCCAUAUUCCGGCUCGGAAACAGCCACAGGCCCUACGACCUUGGAUUAA